GUGCUGCGACGUCGCGGGAGGCGGGGUGGGAGGGAGCGGGCCGGGAAGUAGUUCCGGGUGCGCGGCCCCGGAUGUUGGCUGCUCCCGCCGCCGCCGCCGCUCUCGGCGCCGCUCCGGGCCUGGGCCGCUCUCUAAGGGCGCCGUUGGGACCUUUCGCGGGGAACGGAGACGCACGCAGCGGCCGGGGGCUCGGCCGGGCCGUUCCGGCCUGCGCAGCCUGAGAUUUUCUUUGUGGCCAGAUGGGUUUGUAUGGACAGGCUUGUCCAUCUGUAACUUCAUUAAGGAUGACAUCUGAACUGGAGAGCAGCCUAACAUCUAUGGACUGGUUACCACAGCUUACCAUGAGAGCAGCCAUACAGAAAUCUGAUGCUACACAAAAUGCACACGGAACGGGAAUUUCUAAGAAGAAUGCACUCCUUGACCCAAAUACAACGCUGGACCAGGAAGAAGUCCAACAGCACAAAGAUGGAAAACCUCCGUACAGUUACGCCAGCCUCAUCACAUUCGCAAUUAAUAGCUCACCCAAAAAGAAAAUGACUUUAAGUGAGAUUUACCAGUGGAUUUGUGAUAACUUCCCGUAUUAUAGGGAGGCUGGCAGUGGUUGGAAGAAUUCCAUACGACAUAAUCUGUCACUGAACAAAUGUUUCCUUAAAGUGCCUCGAUCCAAGGAUGAUCCCGGAAAGGGGUCUUACUGGGCUAUAGACACCAAUCCGAAGGAAGAUACGCUGCCUACUCGGUCAAAGAAGAGGGCACGAUCUGUAGAACGGGCCUCAACUCCAUAUAGCAUAGAUUCAGAUUCUUUGGGAAUGGAGUGUAUUAUUUCGGGAAGUGCCUCUCCAACUCUGGCAAUCAACACUGUGACUAACAAAGUAACAUUGUACAACACUGAUCAGGACGGCAGUGAUAGUCCACGCAGCAGCCUUAACAACAGUCUCUCAGACCAGAGUUUGGCGUCUGUUAAUUUGAACAGUGUUGGAAGUGUGCAUAGUUAUACACCGGUGACUAAUCAUCCAGAACCAGUCUCUCAAUCAUUAACGCCUCAGCAGCAGCCACAGUAUAAUCUUCCAGAACGAGAUAAACAACUGCUUUUCACAGAAUAUAAUUUUGAAGAUCUCAGUGCCUCAUUUCGGAGUCUUUAUAAGUCAGUUUUUGAGCAGUCACUCAGUCAACAAGGUUUGAUGAGCAUCCCUUCCGAAUCUUCCCAGCAGCCCCACACUUCAUGUUCCUAUCAGCACUCUCCUAGCAGUACAGUGAGCUCUCACCCACACAGUAACCAAAGCAGCCUGCCCAACAGUCACAGUGGCCUCAAUGCCACAGGCAGUAAUUCGGUUGCACAGGUCUCACUGUCCCACCCCCAAAUGCACACACAGCCCUCUCCACACACACCCCAUCGACCGCAUGGUUUACCACAACACCCACAGCGUCCCCAGCACCCAGCAUCACACCCACAGCAACACAGCCAGCUCCAGCCGCCUCAUUCCCAGCACCCCUCUCCACAUCAGCACAUACAGCAUCAUCCAAACCAUCAGCACCAGACAUUAGCACAUCAGCCACCCCCACCCCCACAACAGGUAUCCUGUAAUUCUGGUGUUUCAAGUGAUUGGUAUGCAACACUUGACAUGCUGAAGGAAAGCUGUCGAAUUGCCAGCAGUGUUAACUGGUCAGAUGUAGACCUUUCCCAGUUCCAAGGUCUGAUGGAGAGUAUGAGGCAGGCGGAUCUCAAGAACUGGUCAUUAGAUCAGGUUCAGUUUGCUGAUCUCUGUUCCUCUCUUAAUCAGUUCUUCACACAGACUGGCCUUAUCCACUCACAGAGCAAUGUUCAACAGAACGUCUGUCAUGGUGCCAUGCACCCAGCAAAGCCUUCCCAACACAUUGGGGCAGGAAAUUUAUACAUAGAUUCCAGGCAAAAUCUCCCUCCCUCGGUGAUGCCACCCCCUGGUUAUCCUCAUAUCCCACAGGCGCUCAGCACUCCAGGAGCUACGAUGGCAGGCCAUCACGGAGCCAUGAACCAGCAGCACAUGAUGCCUUCCCAAGCCUUCCAGAUGCGGCGCUCUUUGCCUCCAGAUGAUAUCCAGGAUGACUUUGAUUGGGAUUCAAUAGUGUAGGCUUAUUUCUGCAAGACAGACGACUCCAGCAUCCUUUCUGUUCAGUGAAAGGAAGGAUCAGAGUCCAGAUGAGAAAACAAAGCGAUGUUACCAGUGCUAUCUAAAUUACUUUUGAAGACAAUCAGAGAUUCUAGCUGGGUAACUUACUGCUUUUACCUGACCCAAGCAAGAACUACAUGUUUGUCUCCCGCCAGUGCCCUCUGUAGCUCCUAACUGUUGUGAUUUGGACAGCUUUUUGCAUAUUCGUGUCAGUUUGAUGUUAACCACAAGUGCCAGACUGAUUUUUCAGACAGAGCCUAUUUUGCUGCAAGCAGUUUAUAGAUACAUAUGUGUAAAUAUGUGUACAAAUAUUACUGAAAGGCUUCAAGUUUUUUCUAAUUGGAUUAUUGUGUCUUGACAAGAAAGUUACUGUCAGUUUUUAUUCCUUGUUAGGCCAUUUCUGCAGGAUGCUUUCAGAUAAUGUAGGGAGCUGAAAGGAAAUCGGUCUUUCCAAAGCCCAGUUUCCUUUUUAAUCUUCAAAAAUAGGAGUAAUCAUGAAUUCUAGCGAGUUCAGUCAAGGAGUCUGGAGUUGGUGCUCUCCGCAGUGCACGCAGGUCUGUUGUUCCUGAGCAGGCUUGUCCACAGGGAGUUGUAGAGCGCGUGUUCCUCGCCAGCGUGUUUCCUCAGCUGCAUUCUAACAGCUCUGAGAUGUGUGAACUGAUUGAAGCUAGGUAUUGCUUGGCUUUCCAAACGAAUCAAUGUCUCCAUAUUCAUUUAAGUAUUUAUUAUUCAAAAGUGUUAUUUUAAUAUUUAUUGCUACUUUCUGUGAAUGCACAGCUCUUUUGGGUUCACUAGGGAGAAAUUUGUCUGGAAGCAUGGUUGGUUUUUUUGUUUUUUUUUUUUUUCUGGAUAAAAGUUUACAGACAAAGACAAUCAGAAACAUUUGUCAUUCUCGUUAUCAUCACUCCUUUUACCAGGUGAGUACGCUUCCUGUCUUACUUAGCCUUCCUGCUGAUGGAGACUUAAUAGCUACAUAGGAAUUUCUUGGACUUGAAUCAGAGUCUAUUUAGGCAACAGUACAUGGAGGCAGGGUUUAUACAGCAGUGUCCUCACUCAUUGUCUUAGGUAAUGCUCGAAGGAACUGUCUGCUUCAGUCUUGAAUGCAGACUGUGUGACUUGUUGUUGGGUCUGUGUGAGCCUGACAAAUACCUUGGAACUUUUAUCACUUGCUUUGUCUCGUUGUAUAUCACAGUUUGCAUGGGUUGAUGUGUUGAUUUUAUAAUGAAAAUAGGAGAAAGGAGAUUCUCUUCCUCACAGUGAAUAGACUUUUAAUUGGUUCUUUACAGGAGAAAAAUCUGUUUUAAUGAGUAAAUAGAUUCUGUCAAAUCAAGGAGAAAUAACUGCUCACCAGUUGCUUGUCGUUGUCUCUGGGCUCAGCAAUGCUAAAUCAUGUUAACUAAGCCUCAGCAAGUCUGUGGUUGAGUGAUCUCUACUUGAACAAAGAUUGUGUGUGUGUGUGUGUGUGUGUGAGAGAGAGAGAGAGAGAGAGAGAGAGAGAGAGAGAGAGAUCUGUUUAUCUAUUAAUGGAGUGUUGCCUUGAAUGAAUCACUGGGAAGCCAUGGAGGGCUGGGAAGAAAGAAGUUUUAUGCAUCUCUGUUGUUUGGGUCCCACUUGGCAUGAAAAGGAAGCUCAGGUCCAGCCCCUCAUAUUAGUGAACACCAGAGGAUUUUGAAACAGCAGCCAACAGUUCCUCUCAGAAGGACCAGGCGAGAUGAGAUGGCUACCUGCAGAGGAAAGCAUGGGAAGAUGGAGUUCCCAGUAGUUUACCCAAGUCUCUUGUUUCCUCGACACCAAAACAGCUGCUCCAUGACUAGGAUUGCUACUAGCAGUGUGCACUUUAAAUAAUUGGGUGUUGGAGUACUGCAGUCUCUGAAACAGAAUGCUUGGGUAGGACCAGUGAUCAUGAUUAUACAAAUUAUGUGAAGUUCAUUUCCCAUUUGGCAAUUAUUUACUGAUUUGCAGUGAUUGACAUAUUUAUUAAUAUUUGAACUAACCAACAAUGACACUUGAGACCAGACUCAUCACUCUUCUGUGAUCCCUGUUCCCAAGGGCUCAGAGCAGGUCCCAGUGGGCUGUGGCCAGGCUGGGCUACCUGGUGGGUGCAGAGUCCCUCUAGUGGCCAUUUCUCUUGGUAAUUGAUGAUACAGAACAGGUUCCCUUGGGCUUAAAUUGACUGGAGACUUUGGGGUAAAGACUGAUAAACGUACAUAAACAGAUGGGGUGCUCUGUCCAGGAGAAGAGUCCGACUGGCAUUUGUGGCAGUGUCUGAAAUGUAAAUGUAUUCUUGUGUGUUUAUGUAAAUAUUUAAUACAUGUUUCUCAAAUGUCCUUUGAAGUGGGAGGGAAUCAAUCUUGGGAUAAUUUCAAAUGGAAUAGAGUAUUUUGAUAUGUUCAUCAAGAGGGUGAUGUGUACAUACCUAUAUUGUAUAUAUGUGGUGACAUGCAUUGGCUUUUGUGCAGAAACAACCUGCUCUCUGUGCUGCUGUUGGACAGUCAGUGUUUUAAUGUUUCUACAGUUUUCCUAUUGCACGAUUUCAUAUUCUGCCGAUGGUGAGUGGCACCCAUUCUUUGUAACCGUUUAGUGCUGUAAAGAAAUAUCCCAAGUGUCAUUAGGAUUGUCGCUGCCAGAACUGAUAUGCAUGGAUGGCACUUAAAAUAAAUAUAUUAUGAUAACUGUAUUUGCAACCUGAU